AUGGAGCUGGAGGACUCUCCCGCCUUCUCGGCUGUCCCAGUAGAGAAGAAUGAAGAAUCUCACUGCAUCUGUGGAAAUGGGCGGAAAACUGUGUCCUGGGCUGUGACCCUCAAGUCACUGGGGAAGGUGAAUUUCACAGCGACUGCAGAAGCCCUACAGUCUCAGGAAUUGUGCGGCAACGAGGUGCCUAAAGUCCCAAUGUUUGGACAGAAGGAUACUGUAAUCAAGUCCUUAUUGGUUGAGCCUGAAGGAAUAGAAAAGGAGGAAACUUUCAACACACUCCUCUGUGCACCAGAAACUGAAGUACCUGAAAAGUUGUCACUAAAAGUUCCUUCAAACGUGGUUGAAGGCUCUGCCAGAGCAACGUAUUCAGUUUUGGGUGAUAUACUAAGCUCUGCCAUGCAAAAUCUGCAGAAUCUUCUCCGGAUGCCUUAUGGUUGUGGAGAGCAGAAUAUGGUGCUGUUUGUCCCUAACAUCUAUGUUUUGAACUAUCUGAAUGAGACACGACAGCUGACAGAAAAUAUCAAAUCUAAAGCCAUCAACCAUCUCAUCAGUGGGUACCAACGACAGUUGAAUUAUAAGCACAACGAUGGUUCAUACAGUACCUUUGGGGAGCAUGGUGGUACAAGCCAAGGAAACACUUGGCUCACUGCAUUUGUGCUGAAGGCCUUUUCUCAAGCCCGGUCACACAUCUUUGUGGAGGACUCACACAUCACAAAUUCCCUCACCUGGCUCUCACAGAAGCAAAGGGAAAAUGGCUGUUUCCAGCGCUCUGGAUCACUGCUAAACAAUGCUAUGAAGGGUGGAGUAGAUGAUGAGGUGACGCUCUCCGCCUACAUCACCAUCGCUCUGCUGGAGAUGCCCCUGCCUGUUACUCACCCAGUGGUCCGCAAUGCUCUAUUCUGCUUGGAAAGGGCAUGGGAAUCCACUUCGGAAGCCCAGGGAAGUCUCGUCUAUACCAAGGCAUUAUUGGCCUAUGCCUUUGCCCUAGCAGGAAACCAGGCCAAGCGAAGGGAGCUGCUUCAAUCGCUGGACAAAGAGGCUGUGAAAGAAGGGGACUCGAUCCACUGGCAACGUCCUGGGAAACUUCAAGAAGCUGAGGCAUUCUCUUACCAGCCCCGGGCUCCUUCUGCUGAAGUGGAGAUGACAUCCUACUUGCUCCUUGCCUAUCUCACCGCCCAGCCUGCCCCAUCUUCCGAAGACCUGUCUGUAGCUUCACAUAUUGUGAAGUGGAUCACCAAGCAACAAAACCCCACAGGGGGCUUCUCCUCCACUCAGGAUACAGUGGUAGCUCUCCAAGCCCUCUCCAAAUAUGGAGCAGCAACUUUCUCUAAAAGGGAGAAAACAGUCACAGUCACCGUCAGGUCUUCACAGGCCUUCUCAGAAGAAUUUCAAGUGGACGACGCCAAUUGCCUAUUGCUGCAGGAGGUUGCAUUGCCGGAGAUUCCAGGGGAGUACAGCACCACAGUGUCAGGGUCAGGAUGUGUGUACCUCCAGACAUUUCUGAGAUAUAACAUCCUGCCUGAGAAAGAAGGGAAAGUUCCCUUCUCUCUGAAGGUUACUACUCUUCCCAAGAAUUGUAAUGGAGCAGCUGCUCACAGGAAAUUCCAGAUUCACAUCAACAUUAGUUAUACUGGAGAACGACCCAGCUCCAACAUGGUCAUUGUUGAUGUAAAGAUGGUGUCCGGCUUCAUUCCUGUGAAACCAUCAGUGAAAAAGCUCCAAGAAAGGCCUCAGAUUCAAAGGACUGAAGUGAGCACGAACCAUGUCCUGAUUUACUUCGAGGAGCUAACCAAACAAGCCUUGAGUUUCUCCUUCUUGGUGGAACAAGACAUCCAAGUAGAUAAUUUAAAACCAGCUUCAGUAAAAGCCUAUGAUUAUUAUGAGACAGAGGAGUUCACCAUUGAAGAGUACAGUGCUCCAUGCAGUGCUGAAUCUGAACAUAGAAAUGCUUGA